CUCACAGAGAAAUCUCUCGACGAUACAUACACAAGUGAAGAAGAAGAAGAAACGAGAGAAAGUCGAAGGAAAACAUUUAAAUGGCGAAAAUGUGGAUGAAGAGACGAGAAUAAGGAGAGAAAAUAAGAAAAAAAAACAACCACCCAACUUUGGUCAGUCAAGUUGUUGCUUACGACGUAGUCGGUUCAGAGUUGCAUUUGCUGACUCGACCGUAUAGUCUCUCGCUUAUUGGUACUACGUCGUCGUCUUGAUUAUUAUUGGGUUUCCACUCACUGAGAUAAUAUUUGAUUUCUCUGGUUCUUGUUUGUCGUCGUCGCUGCGAGAGAACAUCAUGUCGAAAAUCGUCGAGUGCGUCCCGAAUUUCUCCGAGGGUCGUGACCCGCAGAUCAUCGAAGCCAUAUCGACUGCCAUUCGCUCGGUAACCAACGUCUCGCUGCUCGAUGUCGAUCCUGGAACUUCAACCAACCGGACGGUUUACACGUUCGUGGGCUCGCCAUCGGACGUGGUUGAAGCCGCUUUGGCCGCCAGUCGUGUCGCUUAUCAAUUGAUCGACAUGGCUCGCCACAAAGGUGAACAUCCUCGCAUGGGAGCCCUCGACGUCUGCCCUUUCAUCCCCGUCCAGGGGGUCGAUGUUGAGGAUUGCAUUCGAUGCGCCAAGGAGUUUGGACGUCGUCUGGCCACUGAACUUUCGGUGCCCGUUUACCUGUACGGAAUGGCGGCCGAAAAAGGAGCUCAUCGGGUCACUUUGCCUCAAAUCCGGGCCGGCGAGUACGAGGCAAUCAGCCAGAAAAUAAACAAGGAAGAGUGGAAGCCGGAUUUCGGCCCGUCUGAAUUCGUUUCACGUUGGGGCGCCACGGCGACGGGCGUCCGAAAAUUCCUGAUCGCCUUCAACGUCAACGUGCUGGGCACCAAGGAGCAGGCCCAUCGCAUCGCUCUGAAUUUGCGUGAGCAGGGCAGAGGCCCUAACGAGCCGGGCCGUCUCAAGGCUGUCCAGGGCAUCGGCUGGUGGCUGGAAGAGGCUCAGAUCGCUCAAAUAUCUCUCAACUUGACGGAUCACGAUGUCACGCCUAUUCAUACGGCCUACGAGGAGGCACGCAAGGACGCCGGGCAACUCAACGUGGCCAUCACCGGCUCGGAGAUUGUCGGCCUCAUCCCACUCAAGGCCAUCCUCCAAGCGGCCGACUAUUACGUCCAAAAAGAGAAGUUGAUGGUCCUGGAAGAAGAGCAACGAGUCCGGCUAGCCAUUGACCGCCUCGGUCUGGCCGCUCUUCAUCCCUUCAACCCAAAGGAGAGGAUCAUCGAGUAUCGAAUGAACAUCAUCAAUGUCGGUCCUCUUGCCCGGCUGUCCGUUGAAAAAUUUGUACUGAGCGUCGGAGCCCGGACUUCGGCACCCGGAGGAGGUUCGGUCGCCGCCCUUUUAGCUGGACUGGGCUGCGGCUUGUCGACCAUGGUCGGCCAAAUGACUUACGGCAAACGCCAAUUUGAGGAUGUGGAUGAAACGAUCCGGCAGCUGUUGCCGCCGCUGUACAACGCCAUGAUUCACUCGGUUCCGAUGAUCGACGCCGAUACGGACGCUUUCAACGACUACAUGAACGCUAUGAAACUGUCACCGGAGGCUGGGAGGGAAUCCGCCAUGGAUGCCGGAUUGCGCCAGGCCAUUAACGUCCCGCUCAACUUGGCCAAACAUGUCGACACUGUCUGGGACACGCUGGUCCAGAUGGCCGCCGUCGGCAACAUCAACUGUAAAUCUGAUCUGCAGGUGGCGGCCCGGUGCUUGAAGACGGCCGUCCAGUCGGCCGGAGACAACGUCAUCAUUAACUUGUCGAACAUCAAAGACGAAACGUACAAAGUGGAAACGCGUCAAACGAUCGAUCGACUGGUGGAAAAGGCCCGCGCUCAAUGCCGACAGGUGCUGGACGUCCUGGAUAAAAGGGGAUGACCCAAUAAAACAAUUUCCAGGCAAUUGCAUUGAAUGCCAACUUCCAUUUUAUAUGACGGUAGUACUAAAAAAAAAAAUGUUGUAGAACCACAACAACAACAUCACAAAAAUAAAACAAAGUUUUGACUGGCAA